UUGACGUGUGGAACUCUUCUGUUCGUGAGGCGAGGAUAAUGAGCUGGAAGGAUAAACCCAAGAUUUCGUUCAAUAUGAAACCUGGACUUUUGAAAAGAAAAAUUAACUCUGUUCUCAGGGCGUCGCUCCAUGAGGCUGUGCAGAGAGGGCUCUCCGAGAAGAUGACUGCCCCCAACGGCAGUCUCUCCUCCCCAGAGGCCCAGAAGCUGACGGAAGAGUCCAAGAAGGCCGUGACCAGUUUCGUGGGCAUGUACAUCCUGGUGGCGGCCACCGUGGCCCUGGCCUGGCUCCUGGGCUACUUUGACUUCUCCUUCCUGUGGGUCUUCAUCAGCAUCGCCGUCCUCUUCGUGGUCUGGAGGGCCAAGAUCAGUAAGAUCAUCAGCCAGCAUCUCAGCAACGAGGAGGCGGUGCUCUACCGGAAGCGGGCCUUUCGCCAGAACGAGACAGCCGAGUGGUUUAACUUUUUGCUCAACAGAUGGUGGGUGUUCUCAGCCACCAACAUUGAGGAACUGGUCAAGAAAAACAUUGAUGAGAGACUCUGGGAUAUCAGACCUUCUUUUGUUGAUGGUCUGGAGGUCAGCUCUUUCACCGUGGGAGAACAGACGCCCAACAUUAAGAAUGUCAGGACAUUUGAAUGCUCCGAGAGCACACCUGGAAGUCUCCAACCCAUUUCGUGGUUCAAUGUCCAUCGGCCACCGGCUGGUCUGCAGCAACUCUCUUCCUACCAGGUGGUUGUGGAAGCAGAUCUUAGCUUGGUGUCUGAAGACUUUAAAAUGAUAUUUCGAGGUCGUGUUGGUUCUGGAAAAGUAAGUCUUGGUUUUGACAUGGUGGUAGAAGACUUACAUAUCCAGGGAACUCUGCAAGCCAUUCUGUGUUUAUCUAUGGAUAUUCCUUUCCCACACAUCUCCAAAGCUACAGUCUGUUUUAAGGAGAAGCCAGAUGUCACUUUUAAUAUCUGCUUGUUGAGGAACUUGAGUUUGAUGGAGAUACCUUUGUUGAAGUCUUGGAUACACAACAAUGUCAUGGAAGGGUUAACUGAAGCUAUGGUUGACCCUGCCAGUGUAGACAUCAACUUUAACAAAGUGGGUCCCACCUUGAUGGGGCAGACGUUUUCAAAGAAAGAGAAAGCUCAAGGUGUCCUUACAGUCCAGGUCAAAGGUUACCCACCCAGAAAUGCUGUUUCUGAAGAUAUUCGCUAUGUUGUACUUAAUAUUGGCACAAGAAAACGUCAGACUCAUGAAGUUCCAGCGACGGAAGAAUGGGAAGAUGUCUGCUCAUUUUUCAUUUACAAUUUGGCCACUGAAAAGAUCAAAAUCAAAAGCAAAUGCAUGCGACUGAUUACCAGCACAACAUUAGAACAGAAAGAAGUCAAUCUUUCUUCCUUUCCAUUUCAAGUCAACUCAGUUUGUGAGACCACCGUGGACAAUAAGGAUGGCUCCAAGAUGGUUCUAACAAUGCACUACACAGCGCUGCCUCCCAUCAAAACCACGGAAGUGGAAGAAAGUCAAAGCUCUAAAUCUAAUACUUUGGCUGGAGUGAUGUAUAUAUGUUGUCAUGGAGCAACCAAUGUCCUGGCUGCAGACAAAACUGGAGCCUCCGACCCAUAUUGUGUGGUGUUCUGUGACAGAAAGAGAGUUCUUACUACUCCAUUUAUCCCGAGGACCAGAAAUCCUCAUUGGGAGUCUUGGGUGGAGUUUUUUGUUCGAGAUUACACAAUGAGUUCUUUCUCUUUCUUUGUCUACGACUGGGAUGGAACCAACACCAUCAAUGAUGACUUUUUGGGUUCAGUUCAUUUUAGAAUGUCAGAGUCUCAGCCAGAAGUUAUUAAAAGAACCUUAACUCUAGGCUACAACAAGCCAGAUGAAGGGUUCUCAGAAGAUAAAAAAUGUGGCCAGAUCACUUUCACUGCUGUCUUUAGACCUGUGGAAUCAGUCAGCAAAUCAGAAAAAUUUCACCAGCUGAUGAAGAGUUACAAGCCCAAUGAUUACCUAUAUAAAGAAGAUCUGAUGUCACCUAGUACAAUGGCUGGACUUCCAGGUCGAAGGUCAACAGCAGCUUCGACCUAUAUGAAUGAUCUUCUAUCAAAUAAAGUGAUAGUGGAGCUAACUAUCCUCCAAGGCAAAGACAUGGUUGCUAUGGACAGAAAUGGCUUCAGUGAUCCAUUCUGUAUUGUCAGUGUGAAAGACAAAAAAGUUUUUACCACGUCUGUCAAGAAAAAAACUUUGUUCCCUAAAUGGAAUGAAACAGUUACACUGGAGAUGUCACUUGUGGAUGCUCACAAUUUGACCAUUGAUGUGUUUGACAAAGACGUCAUCUCUAAAGACUUUAUGGGCACAUUGAGACUAAGUUUGGAUGAGCUGAAGGAGCUGUCUUUAAAAGGUACAUCAGAAUGGUAUUCACUGGAUAAAAUAAAAAAUGGCAAACUGCAGCUCAAAUGUCAAGUUAUUGCUAAAGAUACACUAAGUAAAAUGAAAGACAGUACCCCAUCACCAGAAGAAGUAUUUGACCCACCUUUAAUGCCAUCUCAUCAGGCAGCACCAGGUCUUGACAUCACCAACAGUUCCAUCAGCAGCAUAGAGCAUCAGAGUCUGUUUCUCCAGUCACCUCCGAAGGGUCAUCAAACUAAGGUCAAGAGAGCUCCAUCCGAUGCAGCAUCACAUGAUCAUGACCAUCCAAUCAAUGGCUCAGUGGAAUCCUCAACUUUGCCGAGGAUGAGAAUGACAAAAGCUGACUCGUCCAACUCUAUCAACAUGUUACAGAGAUUAGGAGACAGAGCUUCACUCAAGAGGUACCAUAACUCUCAAAUGAAUUUAAAAACAUUCUCAGUUAGACUAAGGUUUCGCAGGCAUAGUUCAGCCUCUGUGAGUGACAAAUUAUUUAGUGUCACUGGAAAAAUUCUUCGAGUUCGUGGUAAUUUCCCAAAUACAGCGACUGAAAUUUAUUGCAAAGUGCGUCUUGAAGUCCCUGGCAACCGUUUGAGUUUAUUUCAUAAUACAAGACUAAUUGGCAAGUCUCAUGUUGUUCCUUUAAAUGACCACUCUCCAAGCUUGGAUUUGGAAUUUGAAGUUGAUAAAGGAUCUGGAAUCCCAAUGGAGGCUUGCCUUAUCUUUACUUUGAAACACUCCAGGAAGGAGCAUGUCACAACCAAAAGUGUCUCUCUCAGGUCACUUCUCGCAGAUACAGAAGGAGUUCCCAAGUGGGUGCCUGUGGGCAAUAAUGUUGAGAUUGAGUUGGUUCUGCACCAGGGUCAACCAAUGCCAGGACGCAAACGGUCAAACAGCCUUCUCAAGUCCUUGUCAUUUAGAAAAGAGAAGCCAUGAUUUUGUGAAAUGCUGACACCGUGACUUAGUGAAAUGUUAGCGUCGUGACUUAGUGAAAUGUUAAUGUGGUGAUUUUGUGAAAUGUUGACCAUGUGACUUUGUGAAAUGUUGACUCCAUGACUUUGUGAAAUGCUGACACUGUGACUUUUUCCAAUUGUUUACAAUGAGGGUUGUGAAAGCAGCAUCCUUUUUUUUUGUUUCAUUUCAAUAAAUUCCUUUUUUUAAUUAAACUUUUUGUUUCACCUUUUUGUUUACAGUGCCAUUACAAAUAUUUCAAGCAAUAGCCAUAAUUUUUUUUUGUUUAUCAUUUUUGACUAAUAUUAAUGUUAAUUUUUUUUUUUAUUCUUUAUUUAGAUCUUAUUAACUUGACACUUUUAUAAUUUUAUGAAUGUUUUUAACUUGUUUUUGUAUAUACACCUAACAAAUUUUUUGAUAUUAGAAAUGAAGACAUUAUUCUCACUUCUGCUUAAUUCUAAUUACGUUUAUUUUCAUGUAUAAUUCCAGUGUAUAUUUUUAUAUCUGUACCACAUUUUUGUUUUACUUUUUUUUUUGUUUAACUUAUGACAUCACAAAAAGUCUUUAGUUGGCAUAAACAUAGCAGUAGUACUUUGGAACUCAACAGGCAAUAUUGUAUUCAUUUUUUGCCACUGUUGAUUGAUAUGAGAUUUUCAUGCAUAAUGUUUGUUAUAAGUGAAUCAAGAGAUAUCAUUUCAAAAUUCUGUUCUGCUCAAUGGUUAAAAAAAUGUUUCAAUUUUUAAGAUAUAGUACUACUACUAGAUAAUUGUAUCAAAGUUGAUAAAAGAAAUUAAUUCUUAAAAGAAAAAAAGAGGUUGCUAAGUUCAAAUGACAAGCAAUGUAACAUAUCUCUGUGAGAUGUAGUUUUGUACAGCGCUUGUGAUACAUAUAUAUAUAUAGUGAGAGAGACAAAGAUAUACAAAAAUUAACUUUUAGACACUUCUUUAUGAAGCCUUUCUUCAUUGAUUAAUGAAUGCAAGACAGUGAACUAUUAUGCCAUGAGUUGAAGUUAUCACUCUCAAUAUGAAUGUUUGUCACUAGUUUAGUAUUUGUUUGAUACUCAAUUGAUUACUAACAAUUAAAUAGACAAUUGUUUCACUUGUUAAUUUCAACAAAAAAAAAAAAGAUUUACAGCGGUUCCUAUGCACAAUUUUUUUUUUUUAUUUAUAGCCUAGACUUAAGCCUUCAACCUGAUCUAUGGAUUAGUUAAAAAGUAAAAGCUGUACUUCUAAUGUUAGCCUGGAAAAAAAAAGGAAUAAAACAAUGGAACCACUACAUUUAUCUUGUGUACUCCCUGGUCAUGGGGGGAAGUGCUCAAGGCUGUCAUCUCAGUGGUCUUUUGUUCAAACCCUGCCCAUUGUCAUCCCCUUGCAGGAGGUUUGAGCUGGGGUGUAAUGAUUACAAUUUGAAAUCUAUUAGGUCUUAGAAAAAUAUUUCUAUAAUGUGAAGUUAUAUUGUAGCAUGACAGCGAUUGUCAAAACAAAAGUGCAUUCAACUCUCUUGGCCAGUUUGGACAAAUGUUGAUGCUUUUGGUAGAGCUGGACUUUGCAGUUUGGCUUGGACAACAGAACUCUUGUCCUUAUGAAUAAAACAGCCCAUUACUUAUAUUCCAUGUUGUGAUGAGGUUUUUUCCUUUAUACAGACACAAAAAUAUAUGUUUAAAAAUUUCUUAUGUGGAACUGUGAUGUAAUACUGAGUGAUAUUUUUCUGCAUCUACUUUUAUAAAGAUAUUUUUAUUCUUUGAUCUAAAGAUUCUCCCAUUUUUUUUUCUUUUCAUACUGGUACUUGUUGAAAAACAAAAAAUAAGUAGUGUUAAAUACAUUCAAUUGUUGAUUCUUUGUUACUGUAGCUUAUACAGUUUUAUUAUUUCAAAGAUGUUUUAGAUAUAUUGUAAUAGUAAAGAUAGUUGUUCAAUAGUAUUGAAUUAUUUGACUGUAAUGUUAAUUUUUUUUUUCCCUUGUUACUGAUUAUGCAAACAUUCCAACUGUGACAUAUCUCAGGGUUGAAAAACAAAUUAUGUAUCUUCUAUUGUCAUUAUACUCUCCCACCUAAUCUCCAACCCACCAACCUACUCAUACUUAGCAACCAAUUAUCACUCUGAAAUUACAUGUUUUGAGUUGCUAGUCUGAAAUGACAUGUGUCGUGGCCAAGUUUUCAUUGUGAUGAUGGCAGAGGUACCAAAGUUAAGUCUGAUGUUGCCUCAACUGUUUGCUAAAGUUAUAUGGAUUAGGGCAUAAAGUGGUUUUAAAUUGUAAGUUUUCCAUUUAUAAAUUUUCAAUAAAAAAAUAUAUCCACUUAAGUGUUUUUCAUGCAAGUAUUUCGAUAAGAAAUUAUAAAACUGGUUACAUUUUUCUUUGAAACUGCCUGAGGCCCAAUCUAGCAAUUAAAAUAUUUUUUUUUAUUCACCAGUUUAUUAGAGUGUAACUAAAAUUAUUUAUUGCAAUGAAAUAUUUACGAAAACAUUUGAAACCAACUUCAUUUUUCUUUUGUGGGUCACACGUAAGCAUUUUUGUAAAUUAAAUGAAAUCUUUUGUUAUUUAGGAAUAUGUUUGAAUGACAUGAAUAUGAUGUAGUCGAAGGUUAUAUACAAAUGUGACUGUAUAAUUUGUAGACAUAAUUGCACCAUUACAUAGUGGGUAGAUAAUUCUUUUUUUUUUUUAUGGCAUCGGGCAUAACAAGCACAUUUCUUACUGUUCUAUGAAAGUGUACAAUAUCACAUUGCAAAUUAUUGUCUGCUAUCUCAUGCAAUUAUUUUUAUACUAUUUUAAUUAUUCUUUUUUUUUUUUUUUAAUUUUCUAAGCUUGAGCCAAUUGAUUUUUGUCUCGUACUAUUUACUUGGUAGCCAAUUCUGUUCUGCUUAGAAUCAUUAUUAAUUAUGAGUAUAGUCAUAAAAAUGUAAGAUUUGGCUAAACAUUUGUUGAAGAUGCCAACAUUGAUAUUAAGCCUUGUAUAUUAGCGCUAUAUAUGUUGCUCUAUCACUGCUGUACUCUUUUUAAAGUAUUCUCUCAUAUUAAUUUAAGAAAGAAUACUUUGGACAAAUACAUUUUUCUAGACUAAUAAAAA